GGCACAAUGACUACAUGUGUCCUGCUACUAACCAAUGCACCAUUGAUAAGAACAGAAGAAAGAGUUGCCAGGCUUGCCGACUAAGAAAAUGCUAUGAAGUGGGAAUGAUGAAAGGUGGAGUCCGGAAAGACCGCAGAGGUGGGCGAAUGAUGAAACAAAAACGUCAAAGAGAGGAGCAGGAUUCCAGGAAUGGGGAGGCUUCUACAGAGCUACGAGCUCCCACCCUCUGGACAAGUCCACUGGUGGUUAAACAUAGCAAGAAGAACAGUCCAGCCCUGUCCCUGACAGCAGAACAGAUGGUCAGUGCUUUGCUGGAAGCGGAACCACCCAUAAUUUAUUCUGAAUAUGACCCAAGUAGACCCUUCAAUGAAGCCUCUAUGAUGACCCUGCUGACCAACCUUGCAGACAGAGAAUUAGUGCACAUGAUCAACUGGGCAAAGAGAGUUCCAG